ACAGUCAACCUUUCAGGUGGUGGUAAUUGCUUUUAUACCAUAAGUUCUCUGUUUUCUCUCCAUUAAGGACAUGGUCAAGAAAAGAUAACAGUACAUUUCACCAUUUCCCGUUUUUAAAAUAAGCCGCUAUGCCUAAUUCCUGAAAACGGGAACCAGCUUCAUUAUUUUUACCGGAUGUUGACAAAAAUCAAUACACAAUUUUUGACAGGAUGACUGAAGAGGAAAAUGCCCCAUUGCUCUCUUCCGAAGGGGUAGAAAGCAAUCUUUCCCGAAACAGGAAACGUCCUAACCUUUUCCCCACAGAACCUGUCCGAUCAAACGCGGUUUGCGCCGAUGACAGGAUAUUCGUGAAUGCGACAGUGACAACACCGAGUGAAGUUGAACCAGAUUUGAUAGUUGCCAUAUUUGUGGUAGCAUUUGACACAAGAUCAGGCAACAUGGUGGAAUGGUGCAUGCCAGACGAUGCAGACUUGGAUGGUGUGGAGUUUAAAGCCAUGGUCAGUGGAUCACACACACAGACCAAAGAUUUUGUCUAUUUCCGUAAGGACAGUAUGUAUGGUUUGGCAUGUUUUGAGAACAUGCCAGUGGAGAGUGAAAUUGAGCGAGGAGCCAGGAUGAAAUCUGUCGGCAUUCUAGCAACGUCAUACACACUGCUGUAUAGACAUCUCCAGUUCCUGGAAACACAAGUUAGACAUCAACUAGAGACCCCGGGUAAAUACACCCAGCUCCAGGCUUUCUACGAGGACAAAACGUCCGCACUCGGCAGUCUUCCAUCGUCAAAAACCAACACCCCAAAUACACCUUUAAAAGACUUUCUUCCAGAACUUAAGAUCACCCAUCCAGCAGGCUGUUUCACACAAUUUGCCAAGUUUUUUGGAGAGCAGAUUUUCCUUUUAUGGAAGUAUGCUUUGUUAGAAAAGCGAAUAUUGUUCUUCUCCCCACCCCCGAUAGGUGUUGUCUGCUAUAGAGUAUACUGUGCAUGUUGUUUAGCGAAUCAUGACAUGCGAGGGAUGGGUAGGAAAGUCAAGCCCCACUUCUAUGUGAAUGUUGCUGAUAUAGAGACACUGGAGUCGGAGGUCACAUAUAUUGCCUGUACAACAGAGAAGAUAUUUGAGACGAAGACAAGCCUGUAUGACAUCUACGUUGACAAUCAGGUAGUACGCACACACCAGCCCGGUCUCAAGGACCUCCUCAAAUGUAGCUCCGCAGACAGGGAGAAAUUCCAGAAACUAAACAACCUCCGAUCUGCCCACCAGUUUUCCUAUGAGGAUCUAGGAGAGGAGGCUAUAGAUGAGGAGGAAAUCUUUGUCUCAUUCUUCCAAGAGCAGAAUAACCGACUCUUCCAGACGCUGCUAGACGUAGCAAACUCCCAGGACACGCAACUCACUUCCGAUCACAUGAAGAGCAUGGGCCUUGACCCAUCUGGCGAUCGCCAGUUUCUGAUGGACCUUGUGGAACAUUAUGGCAUUGACGUCGUUCUCAUGGUCGAUAAUCCUUGUUGUCCAAAAUGAAAUUCCUAGUUGAUAGUAGAUAAUUUUGAGAUGUGUUUUAUUGAGAAGGAGUUACGUUCAGGACUGACACAGAUAUGAAACCAUGACCUGAAGCUCUUUUUGAUAUCUAUACUGUAGAUUAUAAAUUAGCAAGGGCUUUAUUUUUGCUGAUAUUCGCAAUUCCACCAUGUUUUGAAUUAAGAACUUAGCUAAAUAGGGACAUGCAAAAUUUAUUCUAUGCUGGUGUCUUUUGGCGGAUAGGUUCCAGGUCUGUAUUGGGUCUUGACGGAAAAAAGAAAUUGUCUUAAUGUUUUACAUUGUUAGAUUGCUUUUUCACACGACUGCUGUAUACACAUGAAAGAAGUUAAAAUAAGGAUAAUAUGCUUGACAUUGAUCCUUGACUUUGUUUUCUCCUGUCUGGUAGGUAGGAACCUGACACUUAGACACAUAAUAUUGAUUUGGCAUGGCCUACUAUACAGAAAACAUGAGUAAUUCCAAUUAUAUAUAGACUAAUAUUAAACCUUGCAUUUGUUGAAUUUACUGAUAAUAAUUUCAAUCCAAAAUCAGAAGGAUAACAUCAAGUUGGCCAAAACAAGACAAAACCAUUGUUUAUAGAUAUACAAGCUGUAAGUCAUAACAAGACAAACUCAUCGUUGUACAAAAGUCAUGCAUACUAGUAUAAGUUUACAUGUUCAAUGUUGCAGUAACAGAUAAAGUCAAUAAAAGAGGUGUUUUACAUAGGACUGAUAAGCCUUUGGAAUAUUGAAUCCAUAACUUUGUGUUUGUGAUUAGGGGCAUUAUUAAUUUAUGUUGUGAUGUAAGCAUAUGUCAACACAAUAUCAUGUUUUAUCUAGUCUGUGUGCCACAAAGCAUUAGUUAGUUUUUUUGUUGGCAUAUGUCAUUGGUGAGGUGCACAGACAUUUUGGCCAUAACUCAAAACCAGUUAAAGAUAUUCACAUGAAACUUGGUACACAUGUUAACAGUGACAAGAUCCUUGUUGACUGGAACUCCUUGAUGAUUGGAGAUUUACAGAGGGGCGUUGGAAGCCUCUUGCCAUUCUCUAGUUUUUACAAUAAAUGCAGGAAUUUAUUAAAAAAGAUAUUUGUGUAAUGAUGAAUUCACUUUCAUUUUUUAACGGUGCUCUAUGGUUGCACUUUAUUCAGUUUUUUAUUUUUUUUAUAUUAUAUACAUACCUAUAUGUUAAACUAUGUUCCUUGUUAUAUAUCAAUGUUCAUCAUGGUGCAACCUUUAUGAUUUAA